AUGGAAAAUAUGGCGGAACAGUUUCCGGGAGUUUUCUCUGGGUACACGCUACAGUCACUUCAAGCUGGGAAACUGGACACGUCUGGAACUGCCAAGGCUGUCAUUUCAUGCUUUCAAAAAUUGGGGGUUUCGUUUGAAGUAGAUCAGGUAAAAAUAAUACGAGAUCCCAAGCAACAAAUUGAGAUGGUGGGUGUCCCAAAAGAGUACCUAUCCGGUCAUGCAUUCCACAAGUAUCAACUGGAGUCACCUGAUAAAACAGUUUCUUUUGAGUUUCAGCAUAAUGUCUGUGGUAGAUCAAUCUAUGCGGAGGGUACAGUUGAUGCUGCAAUUUUCCUUGCUAAGAAGGUGAUAAUGGUUGCUUCCUCAAAAUGCACCGCUCGAGUUCAAUCAAAGGCGGACAAAUUCAUCUACAACAUGAUAGAUGUUUUGCGGGAGGGCGCCAUGAGAUGA